AUGUCGUCAAGGCACUACAUAGAGAUGUACAGCUCGCGAGACCUGGCGGGCGGCGAUGAUUCUGAGAAGUCUGAUGUGGAUUCAGCCCUCGAAGAAGGCAUCUCUUUGAUUGACUUGAAGGAACAGCUUGCCCAGGUUCAAAAGGACAAAGCGCUGUUGGAAGUGGAGCUGAGCAAAUGGGAGCGCAAAUCAGAAAAGGUCAAAGUCGAGAUCCAGGCAAAAGAGGCAGAAGAGCAUUCGCUGCAAGAGAAGAUUGAAUUCGAUAGCAGCAAAUCGCAGGCGCCUGACGGUGAUGACGACAAUCCGCCCGGUCCAGACUCAUUGGAGUGGGUGGAUGGAGCCUGCUUCAACUUCUUUUCGAUGUUUGUUGUGUUUGCAAACGUUACGAUCAUGGUGUUGAAGCAUUUUUGGGACCCAAUGACCGAAAUCUCUGGAGAAUUGUGGUACUUCGAUCAGGCUUUCCUGAUUUUCUACGUCAUUGAGCUCAGCUUUCGCUUCGCCCUUUGGCGGGAUCAAUUGCUGUUUGGCCGACCCUGUUCCAAGACAUGGUCAUACUGGCUCGACACAGUGGUCGUGGUGACUUCCAUCAUAGAGCAGUGGAUCCUUCCACUAUUCAUGGACAUCAGUGGCGGGGGCUUUGGAUUCUUGCGAAUACUGAGGAUCUUCCGUUUCGUCCGAGUUCUGAGAAUUGUGGGGAAGAUCAACCUCAUUGACUUGGCAGAGAAUGAUUUGUUCCUGGCAUUUAUGAUGGCGGUCAUUUUUCUCAACUGCAUUGUGAUGGGCAUUCAGGAAGAUUUCCCAAAGUGGGGUUGCUGGAUCUACUUUGAGAAUUUCUUCUUGGGUCUUUUCUUCUUUGAGCUCGUCAUCAAGUUGAACCAUUUCGGAAGUUCUUUUUUCUGCAACGACCAGUGGGUCUACAAUUGGCUGGACUUUGUGAUCGUUGUUGGUGGCUGCCUUGACACCUGGCUCCUUCCAAUUUUCAACUUCUUUGCGUCCGAAGCUGGACAACCAGAAGAAGGAUCCAAGGCACUAGGCCAUGCAAUGAACAUUUUGAGGAUGCUACGGUUGGUCCGACUGCUGCGGCUGAUUCGAUUGGUGCGAGGAGUUCCACAACUCUACAAUCUCCUCAAAGGCAUCAUAGAAGCAAUGCAGGGAAUGCUGUGGCUCUUGGUGCUGACAACUGCCGUGAUUUACAUCAUUGCACUUGUGGUGAUGAUGCUGUGGGGCAAGGAUGGCUUGGUCACAGCAGAUGACUCUCAAGAAAUCCGCGAUGUGUUUCCGAGCGUGGGCAAGACGAUGUGGACACUUUUCAUGGCGAUGAAUGGAGAUCCAGGAGGCAUGCAGCCAUUGUUCGAUGCCUAUCCUGGAACCCUCGUCUUUGCUGCUGGCUACAUGAUUUUCACAAGCUUUGCCAUUCUAUCCGUGCUGACUGGUGUGGUGGCAGACAAGAUGGCAACAGCAGCGGAGGAACACACCAAGGAAGUCGAGGAAGAGUCUCAGAAAAAGCAGGACAUGCACACCUCGAAAUACUUGGAGCGGAUCUAUACAGCGUAUUCCGAGAACGGCAGUGGUGGAAUCACCCAAAAAACCUACAAGGCAAUGCUCGAUGAUGAGGAUGUGGCAAAGGAGCUGUGUGAGAUCCUUAACAUGGAGAUGCCCGAGCUUGAAGAUGCUUGGGAAGGCUUGAAGAAGGAACCCAGAAGAAACAUGACUGGAGCUCACCUGGACGUCGUCAAUGAGGACAACUUCAAGGAUGGCCUGAUGAAAGCUCAUGGGGCAGUUGAAAACCUAUCAAUUACCCGCGUCUAUCAGAAGCUCCGCACAAUUGAGAAAAAGCUAGAAGGACGGCAUUAG